AUGCAUCUGAGCUGCUCACAAACCAGACGGCAAGGUCAAGAGGACCAGCACAGUAAGAUGUGGAAGAGAAUUGACCAUCAGCCCAAGAUCAAAGCAGUGGCUGGGCCUCAGGCCGGCCAAUUCAAAGAACUGGGUGCAGCGCGGGAACCUGCCAUGCCACACCCUCUGGAGCUGUCAGAAUUCCAGAGCUUCCCUGUGUUUGAGGACAUUAGCCAUCACAUCAAAGAGGUGGGGGCCCAACUGGUAAAGAAAGUCAAUGCCAUCUUUCAGCUGGACAUCACCAAAGAUGGGAAGACCAUUCUGCAGUGGACCAUUGAUCUGAAGAAUGGUUCUGGGGACAUGUAUCCAGGAUCCGCCAGGCUCCCAGCUGACACUGUCUUCACAAUCCCGGAACCUGUCUUUAUGGAGUUGGUUUUGGGCAAAAUGAACCCUCAGAAAGCUUUCCUUGCUGGCAAGUUCAAAGUGAGUGGCAAAGUUCUGCUUGGCCAGAAGCUCGAGAGAGUUUUCAAAGACUGGGCUAAAUUUUAA